AUUCACUAUAUCCGGUCUCCCAGGGCCCCGCAUUCACUAUAUCCGGUCUCCCAGGACCCCGCAUUCACUAUAUCCGGUCUCCCAGGGCCCCGCAUUCACUAUAUCCGGUCUCCCAGGACCCCGCAUUCACUAAAUCCGGUCUCCCAGGACCCUGCAUUCACUAUACCUGGUCUCCCAGGACCCUGCAUUCACUAUCUCUGGUCUCCCAGGACCCUGCAUUCACUAUCUCUGGUCUCCCAGGACUCUGCAUUCCCUAUAUCCGGUCUCCCAGGACCCCGCAUUCACUAUAUCCGGUCUCCCAGGGCCCCGCAUUCACUAUAUCCGGUCUCCCAGGACCCCGCAUUCACUAAAUCCGGACCCUGCAUUCACUAUCUCUGGUCUCCCAGGACCCUGCAUUCACUAUCUCUGGUCUCCCAGGACCCUGCAUUCACUAUCUCUGGUCUCCCAGGACUCUGCAUUCCCUAUAUCUGGUCUCCCACAGUACAUAAAAAAUGG